AGUCCGGAGCCGUCCAACGGCAAGGAGCCGUCAGCCAAUCGCGACGCGGAGGGCGGGUUAGGAAGCGCUGAGGCCGCUUCGGAUCGGCUUAGCGGUUUUGCCUGUGUUUGUGUGAGGGAGCUGGCCCCGGUGGCGGAGAGGAAGGAGCAGCCGAGGCUGAUGAGAAACGCGGGUGGGUAGGUGCCUCGUUCCCGACUUCCCUCCCGGGCUGGGAACUGAGUCACUGAGGAUCUGAUCAGCUGUCUUCGCCCCCAUUUUAGCAUCAGUUGCCAAGCAGUGGUGAGGCUCACAGCUAUGUAAGCAUAUCUUGCCCUUAAACCUGAGGACUUCAGUGAGAUGAAUUGGGUUUCAUUGCAAUCAUGCUGUCAAAAGGGCUAUAUGGCUAGUGUUUGAACUCUCUUGGGACAAGAAGGAACCUUGCUGUUCCUAGAACAGCAGGCUGAUGGCUGCAAUGGUGGAACCAGAAAGUGAAACCCAGCUAUGCAGCAAUUGCAAAAAGGAUAUUCCUGUGGCGAACUUCACCAUCCACGAAAUCCAUUGCCGUAGGAACAUUGGGGUGUGCCAUAUCUGCAAGGAGUGUUUCCCAAAAUCGGAAAUGAGAAACCAUGAGGAGCUGGAACACACUCAGGUUAUCUGUAAAUGCAGCAUGAAGAUGGACAGCGGCCUUUUACAGGAGCAUGUGGCCUCCGAGUGUCCCUUGCGGCCUGUGGCCUGCCAGCACUGUGACAUUGAGCUUGCAUUCAGCAAACUCCAGGACCAUGAGGACUACUGUGGUGCUCGAACUGAGCGAUGUAGCAGGUGCAGCCGCAAUGUCCUGCUGAGAGACCUGAAGGAGCACCCCGAGGACUGUGAGAAGGAGGCCGAGGAAGCCAGAGUCAGCCAGGCCAAGCCCUGCUCGAACUCAGAGGCAGUUUUGUGCGGCAUUCAGACGGUCCGAAAUGUCCUCCAUCCAGAUGACUCUGUGCGACCCCUGCCAAGGUUGAACCGGUUUCCUGAAAGUAGGCUUUACAAUUGUCUCUUGGGCGACCAGCUGCCCAGUGUCCUCAACGAAAGGAACGUUGCUCUGUCGCAGCCAGAUCGGAAUCGAGUCCAGUUGGAAAAGAUGACCUCCCGGUCUUUUGGUGGAGAGCCAGACUGCAACUUGGAUUACCUGUUGGCUCUUAGCUUGCAGCAUGAAGGUAGUUCUCACGAGCAUGGCACCACGGAGAUCCAGAGUGAUCUCUGGAAGAAUAUCUGCCCCGCUAGGGCUAAACCACCUGAGAACUUCAUUGAAGCAAAUGAGACUAGAAUCUUCUGCCGGGGUUUGCUGGCACCUGAUAAUACUUCAAACAGGCCCAAAACUGAAACGCUGCUGCCUUGUGAAUUCUGUGAGGAGUUGUUCCCUGAAGAAGAUCUAAUCCUUCAUCAGACAAGCUGCAAUCCUGCCACUGCUUUGGCAUCCUUCAGCAAGAGAAGUUCUUUUGUCUCUCAGACGAAGUGCCUUCAAGAGCUCUGGGACCAGCUGCACGGCAGUCAGUCCACUGGUAGCAGAGAGGCACUUCCUCUCCAGCAUGAUGCCCCCAGCAGCUUCAUGCUCCCUUGCGAAUUCUGUGGUGUCCAGCUGGAAGAAGAGAUCCUCUUCCACCACCAGGACCAGUGUGACAUGCGUCCAGCCACUGCCCCCUCAACAGGAAGAACUCCAUCACCACAAAGGGCUCCAGCUGUGGAUAAUUCAGGGAGAACAGAGUCGCCAGGUCUGCCUAGAAGACGCAUCCGGCAUCAAGGGGAAAUCUCACCUCAGUACCUUGAGGAAUUCAGGCAGCAGAAACCUCCCCACCCCAUCCGAGGGAGCCACUCCCGCAGCAACCUGGCGGCCACCAGAUGCAUUCAACAGACUCCUCCCAACAACUCGAGAGAGAACAGUGUUGGGUCCUCAGAACUAGAGAAAUCCAAGGACCUGAGGGGUGAUGGCAGAAGACCGCCAGGUGUCCCUGCGGCUGCUCCCCUGCCCACCAGACGCUCUCCCCUCAACAACUUCCUUCCUAGCAACUAUGUGCCAAGCUUCUCAGUUAUGGCUCCAACUCGGCCCGGCCAGAGAAGAGAAGGAGGCACGAGUCCUGCUGGCUCUGCUCAUUACAACAGCGCCAAGGCAAAACCGUGGCGAGCUGAAUCGGAUUAUCCUGACGAAGAGCAGUAGGGGAAGGGUUUUCCCCGGGGCAAGUGGGUUUGCCUUUGCUUGUGUUUUGUGCAGCAAAGAGACUUGUUGCAGUACAGUUGGUUUUGAUGUGGCACUGAUUUUAGCAGGGGAAGGGAGGUAGAAAAGGAUACCAUGGCUGUGGGCCAGUGGUGGUGGCAGGAUCCCUCCUCUCCUGUUUUAGGGCUGCUUUUCUGAAUGUGCAAUGUCUUUAUGCUCUGGGGUGAAGUCUGUGUGGGGAUCAGGCUCUCAAUGUGUCCUAUAGUUAAGCUAUUGUGCUGAGAGUCUCUUAGAAGUUCUGCUUAGAAUGCUCAACCUGAAGGAGUUGCGGUGGGAGGGGAGAGGUUGUCCAAGUGCAGCUGUUAAUGCUACUCGCAUAACAGUGUGUUAAGACCGGCGCCAAGCAAGGCCCCAAGUGGAAGGCUGGGCUGUAGGCGGCUGUGGCCAACUUUAGUGGGCUUUUAAACUUGUACUUGUGGUGCUGGGAGUAAUUCCUCUUUAACUGCACUUGACAAUCUGUUUUCCCAGCAAGGAAUGUGUAACCAAUGGAAGGGAGGAAAAACACUGGGGAAAGCCAUAUUUAAUAGUUGUGCCUCUGUGUGUAUAUAUAACCUGUCUUUAAUACCAGAAGUGCCCAGUUACAUUUCCUUUUUUUCUUAAAGCCCACUGAGAUAGGCUUUACUUUUCAUUCUCUCUGUGCUGAUUAUUCUACUGUACUGGAGUCUGUCUUAAAUUUAUUGUAAUAAACUUUGUAUCUGGUUGUUGUCUUUGGGCCUUGUUAA